GAACUUUAUAAAAUAUUCUGUCCAAGAGCGUAAACGAUGACUACCCCGGCCCUGCUGCCCUUAUCUGGACGAAGGAUACCACCUCUGAACCUGGGGCCGCCUUCCUUCCCACAUCACAGGGCUACCUUGAGACUUUCCGAGAAGUUUAUCCUCCUCCUUAUUCUAAGUGCCUUCAUCACCCUGUGUUUUGGGGCAUUCUUCUUCCUUCCAGACUCUUCAAAACACAAACGCUUUGAUCUGGGUUUGGAAGAUGUGUUAAUUCCUCAUGUAGAUGCCAGCAAAGGGGCUAAAAACCCUGGAGUCUUCCUGAUCCAUGGACCUGAUGAACAUAGACACAGGGAAGAAGAGGAACGUUUGAGAAAUAAAAUUCGAGCUGAUCACGAGAAGGCCCUGGAAGAAGCAAAAGAAAAAUUAAAAAAAUCGAGAGAGGAAAUUCGAGCAGAAAUUCAGACAGAGAAAAAUAAGGUAGUCCAAGAGAUGAAGACAAAAGAGAAGAAGCCACUGCCUCCAGUCCCUAUACCAAAUCUAAUAGGAAUAAAUGGUGGAGACCCAGAAGAUAAUGACAUAAGAAAGAAAAGGGAAAAAAUUAAAGAGAUGAUGAAACAUGCCUGGGAUAAUUAUAGGAUAUAUGGAUGGGGACAUAAUGAACUCAGACCUAUUGCAAGGAAAGGACACUCCACCAAUAUAUUUGGAAGUUCACAAAUGGGUGCUACCAUAGUAGAUGCUUUGGAUACCCUUUAUAUCAUGGGACUUCAUGAUGAAUUCCGAGAUGGGCAAAAAUGGAUUGAAGACAACCUUGACUUCAGUGUGAAUUCAGAGGUGUCUGUGUUUGAAGUCAACAUUCGAUUUAUUGGAGGCCUGCUUGCAGCUUAUUACCUUUCAGGAGAAGAGAUAUUCAAGGUUAAAGCAGUUCAGCUGGCUGAGAAACUCCUUCCUGCCUUUAACACGCCUACUGGGAUUCCUUGGGCAAUGGUGAAUCUGAAAAGUGGAGUAGGGCGAAACUGGGGCUGGGCAUCUGCAGGUAGCAGCAUUCUUGCUGAAUUUGGUACACUGCAUAUGGAGUUUGUCCACCUCAGCUACUUGACAGGGGACCCAGUUUACUACAAAAAGGUAAUGCACAUUAGGAAACUACUUCAGAAGAUGGAUCGUCCAAAUGGUCUUUAUCCAAAUUAUUUGAACCCAAGAACAGGUCGCUGGGGUCAGUACCAUACAUCAGUUGGCGGGCUGGGAGACAGUUUUUAUGAAUACCUACUAAAAGCAUGGUUGAUGUCAGAUAAAACAGACCACGAGGCGAGAAAAAUGUAUGAUGAUGCUAUUGAGGCUAUAGAAAAACAUCUUAUUAAGAAGUCCCGAGGAGGUCUCACCUUUAUUGGAGAAUGGAAAAACGGGCACUUGGAAAAGAAGAUGGGGCAUUUGGCCUGUUUUGCUGGGGGAAUGUUUGCCCUGGGAGCAGAUGGUUCCAGAAUGGAUAAAGCUGGUCAUUAUUUAGAGCUAGGGGCAGAAAUUGCACGUACAUGUCAUGAGUCAUAUGACAGAACUGCAUUAAAGCUGGGUCCUGAAUCAUUCAAGUUUGAUGGUGCAGUAGAGGCUGUGGCAGUCCGGCAGGCUGAAAAGUAUUACAUCCUCCGUCCAGAAGUAAUUGAAACCUAUUGGUACCUAUGGCGAUUCACUCACGAUCCAAGAUAUAGGCAGUGGGGCUGGGAAGCAGCACUGGCUAUUGAAAAGUCUUGCCGAGUCAGUGGUGGAUUUUCUGGGGUGAAGGACGUGUACUCUUCUACUCCUACGCAUGAUGAUGUACAGCAGAGCUUCUUUCUUGCUGAGACGUUAAAAUAUUUGUAUCUGCUGUUCUCCAGUGAUGACCUUUUACCUUUAGACCACUGGGUAUUCAACACAGAGGCUCAUCCCCUGCCCGUGUUACAUUUAGCCAACACCACACUUUCAGGAAAUCCUGCUGUUCGAUGAAAGCAGCUCCAGAAAGACCAUUCUCACCUGUGUUUUGUUUACAUGGACCACUACAGAAAUUAGUCUGGAGAGGGGGCUUUGGGAAACCUGGACCUCAUAAGUCACCAUGGCAGGGUGACACAUGACUGUGCCCCACAGGACUUUUCAACUUGUAGAUAUCUCAACUUUGAAAUGAUUCCAUUUUAUACCUGACCAAAACAUAUUCUGGUAUGUGUAAGACAAAGACCUGGUAUGCUUGGAUUCCUAAAGAGAUGGUCACAUGGGAAAUUUUGCCUGCUACUACUAUAUUGUUUUUAGAGUCCUGGAAUCUGGAGUCUAGACCGUCUAAGAAUAAGCCAAGAAUGUGGAGCACCUUGUGGGAGUGAGAGAUGGCCUUUGGAACCAGUUAUUUAUGCGUUCCUUCCAAAGCGGAGCAGCUUUCAAAUCAAAUAUUUGCUUAUCGUUUCUCCCCCUUCUCUCCAUUUUUAAUAAUGGAAGGAACUAAAACAAUAAAAGAACAAUGGAACUGCAUCAAGAGUGAUGAAGACUGGAAAAAGAAACCCAAGUACCCGUCCCUGUCUCAGUUUUCAGGUUCCCCAUUGGACAACCAGACUGGCAACGGUUUCAGAUCCCAGUGUAUUCCAUUGAAAUUUCUUGGUUAAAUUUUAUUUUCUCUGGGGGCACGAUCUCACAAAGAGUACUCUUCAAGUCUUUGUCUCCAUGGAAUCAUUGAAACUGCUAUUUAUCAUAGCCACUACUCACGAGCCUGGGUUUGGGAUUUUGUGCAUGUUGAUCAGUUCUAGUGUUUGUAGCAUGACCAAAAGUGGGGGAAAUGCUGCAGUUUGUCGCCUUGAAACCUGUUCUAAGAGAAAGCCUUGGUUUUGUUGGGAGGAGAUUUUUUUUUUUUUUCCAAACCAAAUCUACCAAGUGAAUUUUAUCCACUUUAACCUUGUUAUAAAUUUAGUAAAAUCUCUCAACUUACAACUUUAUGUAGCUUGGCAAAAUUCACUAUACUAUUAUGCAGCUCUGAAUUUACCCAAAUUUCUCUUACAACCUAUUAGAAAACAAAAUACAGUGAAACGUUCUUAAACAUUCUAUCUGGAAUGGGAACAGGGGAUCCUUUAUUUAUUAUCUCAUCAGAUGAGUGAGCUUUUCACAGAUAUUUUAUGUAAAAAAUAAAAUUCAGCUUUUAUUUUCUGCAAGGAUAUUUAUAGAAAUCCAAAGAACACCUUCAAAAUAAUUUUUAGCAAAGAAAAAAAAUGGGGUAUAAUUAAUUAUAUUAACUAAAUUUGGGGCAUAUCUAAAGGAGUUUCUCUUACCAUCAGUAGAUUUUGCAGUAAUAUUUAUUUUUAAAGAAAGUACUAUUUCUUUAUAUUUGAGGGGAAGAAAUUAAAUUUUAUCAAGAACUGUAUUGUAAGAUAAAUAUGCUUAUGAAUUUUCUGUCCCUUGAACUUAUGUCACAGUGCAAGACACUUUUUCUUCUUUACAUUUAAUACAAACAGCUUCCAUUGAUAAUAGAAGUUGGGAGCAUAUAAUUAGUCUAAUAUUUACGCUGACUGAAGAUUUCAUGAAACAGUGUUUGGGGAAGAAGCCCACCUUGGCAUUCUGAAGGCAUAUUUUCUUGUUUUGAUAGCUUUUCUGUUUAACCUUUUAGCAUGUAGUAGAUUUAAAUUGGAGAAAAGAUUUAAUAAAUUAAUAGAAUUAAGUGUUUUCUAAGGGCAAUCACCUUAUGCCACCAAGAGUCAGACAGUCCUCACAAUUAGUAAAUGAUCCGUAAGAGAUAACUACCCCCAGUGUUUUCAGUAUGCCUAGAAAGUAAGGAUGUGGAGCCAGUGCAUUAUUUCAGUUUUUAAGAGAGUUAAAUUUUAGCACACAUUUUGAAAUUGUAAUAUCUUUUACUACUUGAAAAAUUAAAAUUUUUAAAUGAGAAGGGUAGAUGACUAACUUGAGAAAGGGAGAGUAUUUUGUUCUCAAAAACGUGUUAGCCUUCCUCCUAAAAAUAGCACAAGCCAACUUAUGAGUCACUAAAGAGUGAACAGCUUGAGGUAGCAAAGGGCCGCUGGGCAGCCGGCAGUGAGCCCGCUUGCACUUUGUUCAGAAGAGUGCAGAGUGAAGGGGCCUUCUUGGUCUCCCAGGAGUCUCUCAAGGAAAGAGAAGACAGAGUCCCCACCCGCAAGUGCUCGGUUUCUAUUUCUGGGCUGACUGGGGCUUAAGAGGAGGCAGAGAGGUGCCGGAGCAUGGCCAGUUCUCACUCAAGUUCAGAAUCUGAGAGGGGCAGCUGAAGGGUCUUCACUACCCACUCCCUUCCCUGUGAUGAGAGAAGACUAGCGCUUAUCGCAAUGCUUCCAUUGUUUUUUUUUCUCUGAAUACCAAAGGAAAUUAAAGUCAGCUACAAAUGAAUUGCCAGUGUCAUGUUUUUGUUUUUGUUUUUUUUUUACAGAUUUUUAAAAUUAUUUCCUCCAGAAUCAGUCCUUAACCCGCAUUCUGCUUAGCUUCCCAGAGUAUUUACUUUCUUCUGUCCCUUACCGUCCUUCGCAUUCUGUAGACCUAUUACUCAGGUUAAAAUACUCAUUACACGUAUAAGACCUUCGCAAAGAGCCUAGAGGUGCUCCUUUCCAGGUACCUCUUCACAGAGCUGACACCUCACUUUGUGCCUUUGGCACAAAUGUGCUGAGUAGAGAGAUCUGUUGGUACAUAAAAAUAGAGACGUUGAACACCCCUCUACCUUCUACAUUUCUCUUUUAGAAUUACACUUUUUUUUGAAACCGGUCUGAAGUUGUUAAAGCCAAGCGAAUGCGACCCUAACCAAAAAGUCACCUCUGCAGAAAAACAAGACCCCAGGGUUCUUGCUUUCUGGUGGGUUGCACGUAUGUGCUGUUUCGUGUCUGACACCCACUUACACCUGUCUUUGAGCAGAUGCUUAUAUGUAAGAGCGAAGCCUGGAUAUUGGAGGAAUGUGUUCCUUUUGUGGAAUGUUGACCCCGAUUCCCUGUGACGUCAGCUGAGGCACCCCCGGUCUGCCCUUGGUGGAUCUUAACCAAGCAGCUUGGAACUGUGACCAUCGGCUUCUCAUCUCCACUCUCCUUUGCCAAAGUCUUUGUCCAAGCUACAGAGUUGUUGAUAAAAGAUUGUGCUUGCCAUUCUCGUUA